ACUGUAAGACGGAUUCUACCUUAAACCGGCAUUUUGUAGCGAAUGACCGACGUCAAACCGACUUAAAAUACACCGAGAACCAAACGACUAUCGUAUUGCUCAGCUUGGCUUAUCGAGUUUACGACACAAGAUAAGAGGUCUCUUACGAGAGCCUCUUUUUCCUCAUGCAGAGGCGCUCGUCGGGGUCGUCCGAAGACAGCGCCGAUGUUCCUGUCAAGACCUCGCGCCCUCAAGGACAGACAAGGCUGAACGACGCAAACUCCUCUAUCCGCCAUUUUCAUGACACCCGCCAGUCAGACCAUCACCCCCAUAAUUCCGGCACGAGAUCUACGUCCGCGAGAAGUAGAAGACCGAGCAGUAACAUCAAUUGGCGACCUUCCCAUAGUCGAGAUGGCUCUACGGAGAAACCGCCCAUAGCUUCUCAUCUUGCGCCAGUCACAUUAUCGCCCGACUACCCGAUAGAGACUGAAAGAAUGGCAAGGUUGAGACGGAAGAAUAGACAGCCGCAGCCCUGGAAUCCUUGGGCUAUAUCGUUCUUAACGUUCCUUACGAGCGCCUUGGGUAUUGGUCUCCUAUUUACUGUUUUAUACUCCGCCGUCACUUUACAUUGUGACCCCAAGGGGUGUCGCAUGUCCUGGAUGAGCCCGUCGUACGCCAAGUUUAGCGACUUCGAUACCGAGCAUACGCGAUUUGCGACCAAAUAUUCGUUAUAUCUAUAUCGGGAGCAGGGGUUUGACAAUGGCCCAAAGAUUAAAGGUAUACCGGUGCUGUUCAUACCAGGAAAUGCUGGCAGCUAUAAACAGGUUAGAUCUAUCGCAUCUGAAUCUGCUAGGUAUUUCCACGAUGUCCUGCAGCAUGACGCAGCUGCUUUGAACGGAGGUGCUAGGAGCUUGGACUUCUUUACCGUCGACUUCAACGAGGACUUUACCGCUUUCCACGGACAAACAAUGCUCGACCAAGCCGAGUACAUAAACGAGGCUAUCAGAUAUAUCCUAUCUCUCUAUUUGGACCCGAAGAUCUCAGAGCGAGAUCCGAGUCUUCCGGACCCCUCUUCGGUUAUCAUACUAGGUCACUCUAUGGGAGGGAUUGUUGCGCGAACUAUGUUUAUUAUGCCGAAUUAUCAAGCAGACUCCGUAAAUACGAUUAUCACCAUGUCCGCUCCGCAUGCUCGGCCACCUGUUACGUUUGAUCCGAAGAUUGUUAGCAUUUAUAACGAUAUCAACAACUAUUGGAGGCGGUCCUAUUCGAAGAAGUCGUCGGCUGAGAACUCCCUUAACCAGGUCACUCUGGUGUCUAUCGCUGGCGGUGGUUUGGACACUGUUGUGCCGUCAGAUUAUGCAGGGUUGGAGUCCAUCGUGCCCGAAACUCACGGUUUCACCGCCUUCACGUCUACGAUUCCUCACGUUUGGACGAGCAUGGAUCACCAGGCAAUUACAUGGUGCGAUCAGUUUCGCAAGGUUAUAGUCCGUGCGCUGUAUGAUGUCGUUGAUAAUCGAGGAAGGUCGCAGACGAAACCACGAGCCGACAGGAUGAGGGCCUUCAAGAGGAGGUUUUUGACCGGAUUAGAGAGCUUCGUCGAGAAGACCCUACCAAAGGCAGCUCCGUCGACAUUACUCACGCUAGAAGACCAUACGACUACUAUACUUCCGGCGGAUGAACAUCUUGUCCUUCGUGAUCUAGGUUCUCAGAGGAAGCCUAAGGCAUAUCUUCUCCCGUUACCCUCAGGCGAGUUUGCUGAGGGAAAGAAGUUCACCUUGCUAUCGGAUAGCUAUCUAGAUCGGCCGGGUGAGGAUGGCAAGCUCGAAGUUCUAUUUUGCAAUCUUUUUCCUGCACACGCCGGACAAGCUAACCUACCGUUCUCGACAAAUAUUGAUCUCUCUAGUGAUAGUGGGGCGUCGACUAAAUUUGCCUGCAAAAAUGCCGCGGCUGACGUAGUAUCCUUACCUGCCUCUUCCCGCUUCACGAAGGAAACCUUUUUCAAGGAGGGUGAGUGGCAAAUCCCGCCAUUCUCAUAUCUUGAGUACAAUGUGGAAGAUGCUUCAGGUUACGAAUUUGUGGCGGUUGUCGACAAGACUGCGGCUCCUACGGCCGGUUGGCUGGUAGCCGAAUUCAGUGACAAGGCCGCUGCCCAUGUAACACGACACAUCAGUAUUAGGCGCCUCCUAAACUUCGGCUUGUCCCUUCAUCUUCCGGCGAAGCGACCUAUGGUAACCGAAGUGAAGCUUCCAUCCGUCCAAAGCAGCCUUUUGGCGUACAAUCUCAAGAUCGAUGGCCAAACAUGUAACGAACGAGAGCAAAUGUUCACUCCGCUUGUCCGCCAAUACAUAUCUGAACCCUACGAGUCAAAGUACUUCGUAAAUGCUGAGGAUGUGGAAAUUAGUCUUCAUGGCGUCUCACCUUAUGUGCCUCCGCCAAUGAAAUCCAGACUUACCGACGAUGGUCUUAGCCUACAGUUCUGGACAGAUCCGACCUGCAACUCAGACAUUUCGAUUCACAUAACGGUCGACUCCCUAGGCAGCCUCGGGAAGCUGUAUAUGCGCUACCGCACUAUAUUUGCCUCUUUCCCUUUGCUUAUAGUUGCACUCGUCUUACGAAAGCAAUUCCAGGUUUACGACAACACCGGUGUUUUUAUCCCCUUUUCCGAAAGUCUAGAUUUCUGUCUUAGGCGGUCAUUGCCGAUGCUUCUUUUGUCUAUGACUCUUUUGUCACUUUCAAUGGGUCAGUCGGGCUCACCCGGUUCGAAAAGCCUUCGGUUUUGGCAGAAUAAUACAGGGGCUAUCGACUUUGCGCAAAACGACUUAUUGGUGGGUACUUCGGACCCAUUCUUCUGGUUUCUUAUCCCGAUGAUCGGUGUCAUCUGCGUCGGAGUCUGCAUAGGUCUCCAUUAUGUGGCGCAAGUCCUCACCUGGUUGCUCAGCAUCAUCUACAGUUGGGUUUCUGCUCGACCAGUCAUCCAACAACAAGAGAAGAAACGAGCCCCAUCACCAGCAUUUACGCCUUCGUCGCCAAGGCGACGGGCUGUCACUGCUCUAGUUCUCCUCGUUCUCGUUUCGACAUUCAUCCCGUAUCAGUUUGCAUAUGUGGUCGCAUGCCUUGUGCAGCUGAGCACUGCCGUCCGAGCUAAUCGAUCUGCCCGCGAGACUCCAUCAUUGGCUAGUUCUAACUUUAACAAUUACGUGCAUUCCAUUUUGCUGUUGAUGAUAUGGAUCCUACCAAUCAAUUUACCGACUCUAGUUGUCUGGGUGCGAAACCUGACUGUCCACUGGUUCACGGCAUUUUCGUCUCACCACAACGUGCUGGCGAUUUUGCCAUUCAUCUUCCUUGUCGAAAACCUUACAGCUGGCAAGAUGAUUCCGCCAUUAACGAGUCGACUCCGGCACGUGACAAACAUUAUAUUCUUUGGAGUAGCCAUCUACGCGGCUAUCUAUGGAGUGUCACACGCAUACAUGAUACAUUAUCUAGUGAAUCUUGUUGCAGCCUGGCUUGCAAUAAUUCAUUUGACAUUCGAUUCCUGGACACUGUCCGGAAUAAGCUCGAUAUUCGAAGGGGAGCCUGCUGAAGAUCACAAGCAAGGCAAAAAUCCUUGACCAUCAGCCCACCUUGGAUUACAUCUCAAUUGCACUCGGGCAGGUCUUCAACAUUCUCCCAAAAGAUUUGGAUAUACGCCGACCUCGAGGCCCAGAUUCACAUAUCAUAUCAUUAGAUAUGAAUUCGGAC